GAUUCUCAAUGGCUGCAAGAAGAGUUUGCUGCUCCCUCCUUCGCUUGUGAUGCCUGUCUCCGUGGAUGUGCGCUUCUCCUGAAACGCCCUCACGGGAGAGAAGGAUGAGCGGCAGCUGGACCGCGGGCCAUGAGGUGAGUGUCGUGCCUGCUGAACUUUCUCAGACCCACUAGCCAUGCCAGGAAUUGUUGUGUUCCGCCGUCGCUGGUCUGUAGGCAGCGAUGACCUCGUUUUGCCAGCAGUCUUCCUCUUCCUCCUGCAUACCACCUGGUUUGUGAUCCUCUCCGUGGUGCUCUUUGGGCUGGUGUACAACCCCAACGAGACCUGCUCGCUUAACCUGGUGGAUCACGGCAGAGGCUACCUGGGCAUCCUGCUCAGUUGUAUGAUCGCAGAGGUGGCAAUCAUCUGGCUCAGCAUGCGAGGCAGUAUCCUGUACACAGAGCCCCGGGACUCCAUGCAGUAUGUGCUCUAUGUCAGACUGGCUAUCUUGGUGAUUGAGUUUGUGUAUGCUAUUGUGGGCAUCAUUUGGCUAACGCAGUACUACACUUCCUGCAAUGAUAUCACCGCAAAGAGUGUCACUUUGGGAAUGGUUGUGUGCAACUGGGUUGUCAUCCUGAGCGUCUGCAUCACGGUCCUGUGCGUCUUCGACCCGACAGGCCGGACCUUUGUCAAACUGCGUGCCACGAAGCGGAGACAGCGCAACUUGAGGACAUACAACCUGCGACACCGCCUGGAAGAAGGGCAGGCCAGCAGCUGGACACGCCGACUCAAAGUUUUUCUUUGCUGCACACGGACAAAAGACUCUCAGUCGGACGCCUACUCUGAAAUCGCCUACCUUUUUGCUGAGUUUUUCCGAGACCUUGACAUCGUCCCAUCUGACAUCAUUGCAGGCCUGGUUCUUCUGCGUCAACGGCAACGGGCAAAGCGCAAUGCUGUGCUGGAUGAGGCAAACAAUGACAUUUUAGCUUUUCUGUCUGGGAUGCCAGUGACCAGGAACACAAAGUAUCUGGAUCUGAAAAAUGCGCAAGAGAUGCAGCGAUACAAAGAGGUGUGUUACUACAUGCUGUUUGCCCUGGCGGCCUAUGGCUGGCCCAUAUACCUGAUGAGGAAGCCCACAUGUGGACUCUGUCGCCUGGCCAGAUCCUGCUCAUGUUGCUGUCUCUGUCCCUCGCGUCCCCGCUAUGCGCCUAGUGUCACCAUUGAGGAGGAUAAUUGCUGUGGCUGCAAUGCCAUUGCCAUCCGGCGCCACUUCUUGGAUGAGAAUAUGACCUCGGUGGACAUCGUUUAUACUUCUUGCCAUGAUGCGGUUUAUGAAACUCCUUUCUAUGUGGCUGUGGACCAUGAUAAGAAGAAGGUGGUCAUUAGUAUCCGAGGAACGCUGUCUCCAAAAGAUGCCUUGACUGACCUAACAGGGGAUGCAGAGCGCCUUCCAGUGGAGGGUCACCAUGGGACGUGGCUGGGACACAAGGGAAUGGUGCUAUCUGCCGAGUACAUCAAGAAGAAAUUGGAGCAAGAAAUGGUGCUUUCUCAAGCUUUUGGACGAGACUUGGGGAGAGGAACAAAACACUAUGGCCUGAUUGUGGUUGGCCAUUCCCUAGGGGCUGGCACAGCUGCCAUCCUGUCCUUCCUUUUGCGUCCGCAGUACCCGUCACUGAAGUGCUUUGCCUAUUCUCCCCCAGGUGGGCUGCUGAGUGAGGAUGCCAUGGAGUAUUCAAAAGAGUUUGUGACUGCAGUCGUGCUUGGCAAAGAUCUAGUGCCCAGAAUUGGUCUCUCUCAGCUGGAGGGAUUUCGCCGUCAGCUUCUGGAUGUUCUUCAGAGGAGUAACAAACCAAAGUGGAGAAUCAUUGUGGGUGCUACAAAGUGCAUACCCAAGUCAGAGCUCCCUGAAGAGACAGAAGAAAACUCAGUAACGAGUAAUCGCCUCUGGACCCAUCCCAGUGAUCUGACUAUUGCUCUGUCUGCAAGCACGCCGCUCUACCCACCUGGCCGCAUCAUCCACGUGGUGCACAAUCAUCCUGCAGAGCAGUGCUGUUGCUGCGAGCAAGAGGAUCCCACUUACUUUGCUAUCUGGGGUGACAAUAAGGCGUUUAAUGAAGUGAUCAUCUCACCAGCGAUGUUGCACGAACACCUCCCAUACGUGGUCAUGGAAGGGCUCAACAAGGUCUUGGAGAAUUACAAUAAGGGGAAAACAGCUUUACUUUCUGCUGCCAAAGUGAUGGUGAGUCCUACAGAAGUGGAUCUUACCCCAGAGUUGAUCUUCCAGAGUCAGCCCUUACCUAGUGGACCCUCAGUGCAGAUUGGAACUGGAGCCAUAACAGUGGACAGAAGGAACAGCAGUACAAAGAGCAAGUCCCAUUCUGAAAUUAGCUUGGAGGGGUUUUAUGAGACAAAGCCACUUUCUCCUGUGCAGAAAGACCCUGUGGAGCUGCUGCUCCUGGAUACAAAGGAACGUCUGUCUGUGGAGCUACAGGACCGACGUGCUCCUCUUGCAACCAUGGAGAGCCUCUCUGACAAUGAAUCCAUCUACAGCUUUGAUUCAAGGCGUUCUUCUGGUUUUCGUAGCAUCCGGGGCUCUCCCAGCCUCCAUGCUGUCAUGGAGAAGGACGAGACGCAUUGCUUUUAUAUAGACCCUGCUAUCCCUGAGGAGAACCCCUCCCUCAGCUCGCGGACAGAGCUGCUGGCUGCUGAUAGCCUCUCCAAGCACUCCCAGGAGACUCAGCCCCCUGAGAAUGCACUCAACAGUGGUGGCACUACCCCCCAGCGACGCUGCAGCGAGGAGGGGGCCAGCAGUGAGGGGGACCGUGUUUCCUUAGCCCCUCGUGAGGAGCUGUCCCUCCAGAACGGACGGCUCACUGAUGUUCCCAGUCCCCAAGUGCUGGAGUUUGCUGAGUUCAUAGACAGCCUCUUCAAUCUGGAUAGCAAAAGCAGCUCCUUCCAGGACAUCUACUGCAUGAUGGUGUCUGAUAGCUCCAGUGACUUUGCAGAGAUGCCCAAGUCUGUCAGUGAUCAGGAGAUCCUGUUGAGGGCACAAUAUGAACCCAACCUAGUCCCAAAGCCCCCAAGGUUGUUUGCAGGCUCAACAGAUCCUUCAUCGGGCAUCUCUGUCUCACCCUCUUUCCCCCUUAGUUCAUCUGGAGAACUCAUGGACAUCACUCCCACAGGCGUGAGCAGCCAGGAGUGCCUGGCCACUGACAAAAUCCGGACUUCCACCCCCUCUGGGCAUGUAACCAGCCCUGCCAAGCAGGAGGACCUCAUGAUUUCAGCCCUUUAG